GCGGAUGAUAAAUCACUACUUGCUCGUUUUUACCAUGCAGAUCGUUCACUCACAGCCGUUGCCAGCGAAUUGGAUAGCUUCGACGGGCGUGCAGAGCCAGAUCGAUGUUCACGUUUGGUCAGCCGACUGCGUCAGGGGCAGGACAAAGUACUCUCCAUUACAAAUCUAAUAAUGGAAGAACUACUUGGAGACGAACGUCACCCCCGUGCAUUUCGUGCAAAAUUUCCCGAAGAAGUGCUCCAGGAUAAUCUCGCCGGUCAAUUGUGGUUCGGCGCAGAGUGCCUCGCUGCCGGUUCGUCGAUAAUGCAUCGCGAGCAGGAGAGCAAAGAGAUGCGCCCUUUGGCACAGGCGGUGACGAAGAGUUUGGGUAAUGUGCGUAGCUUGUUGCGUGAUCAGUGCCUUCGAAAUAAUGUACCGAAUAGUAAAACACUUCAUUUGGAUAUCAACGAUUCGACCACAGAGCAGCUGUAUGAGAGUCUGAAGAUUUUCGACCGUCUCUUCGCCGAAUUCGAGCUACGUUAUGUCAGCGCGAUGGUGCAGGUUAAAACAAAGGAGGAAUACGAGAUGCAAGAGCUAAUAUGUGUGCUUUUCUCCGAGACUUUGCAGCGUGCGCUCAAAUUGGGCUUGAUCGAUCAGGAUAAGGUGGACACAUUCGAUCCGGCUUUGAUGUUCUCCAUUCCACGUUUGGCCAUUAUCACUGGUUUGGUCGUGUUUCCGAAGGGACCGCUGAAUAUGGAUAUGCCGGCGGAUCAGCUGUCGGAAAUGUUUCGACCCUUUCGCACAAUACUCAUAAAAAUACGCGAUCUGUUGCGUACGUUGAGUAAAAGUGAGCUGCAGCAGUUGGAGAAGUUGCUCUGUACCAACGAGGAUAUCCAGCUAAAUCUGCCCGUUGGCGCCAGCAGCAUCGAGGCGCCGACAGAUGAUCAGCAGAACAAUAAUAGCACCACCACCAGCAGCCCAAUUAUGGCAAUCACAUAUAAUACUGCCGACAGCACAGCUGUGGAAACAACAGUGCCAGCAGCGGAACAACGAAACAAUAACUUAAGCAGCACCUUGCCCAGUGCGGCUACCUGGGAGACUCAAGUUCCUACUCCUAAUUCCAGCACAAUGAGUUCAAAUGAUCCUGGAGGAGCUAUUGGAAGCGCCAAUAAUCGUAAACGUCAUUCCAUAUCUUCAGCAUCGGGCGCAAGCUCAGUGAUUUCCUCACCCGCCAUUUCACCUACUCCAUCACAUUCCAUCGCGUCUACUACGUCCGCCGUAACCAAUAGUUCGACUACCUCACCGGCGGACUGGACCGAUGAUGAUGUUGAAGAUGACGAUGAUGAGGUAGAUGAUGACCGCGAUGUUGACGAUGAUGACGAUAUGCUCGUCAAUACAGACGACCCUGCUGACGACAGCGAUGACGACGAGUCUGACGAUGAAGUUGUGAUCGGCGAAUGUGAAAACGAAGAUAUGGUGUCUGCCGAUUGCGCUACCGGCUAUCUCAUUCCAAAUACAAAUUUCGGCAAUCUUCUACAGCCGCAAGAAGUUCCUUUGACGGGUAAUUUUAUUGCUAGUGAAGACGAUGCUUCCAGUAAUGCCAAUGUGGAGGCUGACGACGAGGAAGAUGAGCAUAUUUACUCAGACGUGCCCACUACAAGUGCGGCGCUAAGGCGCCUACAUCUCGGCAGUCAGACCGACGAUGGUGGUGAUAAAACGACAAUAAUUGCGGCCGCAACUGCGAUAAUAACAACAGCAACAACACCCUCGCCAAAAUCAUCACCUUCACAAGGCAGCAGUGAGAAUCUGUCCAGCGUCAACUGCAGUCUAACAGAAAAAGUCUCUACAUGCAGCUGUGAGCCUAUAACUUCGUCCUCUUCAUCCUCCACUCUACCACAGAGUAAUAAAAGCACCGGGAGUGGGAAACAGACAACGCAAAGGCAUUGUAGUAGUCAUCACCAUCGACAUCAUCAUCACGAGCACAGCUGUUCCACGUUGGGUACGCAGUCGCACAGCCAUCACAGCCCUCCAAGUCGUCAUCAACCUCAUCGUAACCAUCAUCACCAUCAUCAUCACCACCAUCACCAUCAUCGGCAUAAUCGCAGCCGCAAUGAACAUGAAACGAAGGCGAAAAACAGUGAGGAAGGUGUGGGCAAUGAUUUGCAAACAGAUCAACCACAGCUGGUGGCGAGUCCUAGUGAGGAGAUCAAGAAAGCAAGUCACAAUAGUCAGACUUCCUCCAGUGCAGCCAGCAGCGCAACAUCUUCGUUAUCGGAAGCCGUCGUUGAUCCGCUCCAACAUCCCAACGAAGUAAAUCAGGCUAUAAAGGUCGCCACACGUAAGCGAUUCAAAAGUAUCGAAAAUCUAUUGCAUCGCCUCUUCGUGUGCAUUGCCGGUGUGGCUGAUCAACUGCAGACCAAUUUUGCAGCUGAUUUACGCCAAAUACUGCGCAGUGUUUUUCUCAUGAACAUGUCCCCUACGCAGGAAGAGCUGGACAUACCCGAAAAACCAAAGGAAUCAGAACUAUUUGAGUUCCGCGCUUCCGAACAAGAUGUGAUACAGGAGAAUGCCGGCUCCAACCAGAGCAUUUAUUCCGCUGAAGAAGUCAAUCCCGAAUUGGAUAGUGUUUUCCACAAUAAUAGUGGUGGCGGCGGCGGCAGUAAUAGCAGCAGUAGCAACAGCAUUAGCGGCAACGGUAUUACUACACGUCAUUCCCUUGAUGGUGCUAUACAGCGUGGCAACACCAUAGAUUUGUCCGAUCCGAACGCCGCUAUUUCCGAUGGAACGACGAGUCGCGCGCACGUCUGCCGUAGUCGCAGUUUGGGUGAUCAAGACCAUCGUGAUAUAAGCAACUCAACCACUGCCACAACGUCCGGCACAACAACAGUUGGCGUGCAGAGUAGUCGCCUUAGCGCAUACAUAAGUGGUCAGCGACAACGACGAAACCGUAAUGAUUCAAUAGGCAGCUCAUCGCCCAUAUCAUCGUCAACCUCAACCUCCUCUGCCUCAUCUGAAAACAAUUCGCCCGUCAGUCAACGCGCCACAAUACCGAACUCCCCCGCCAACAGUCAUAACAACAAUAGCAGCAGCAGCGGCGGUGGCGGUAAUAACGCGCACAAUAAUAACAACCCAGCUGCAACAACAACCAGAUCCUCACCACCGUCCGUCAGUUCCGCCAUGAACAAUGCCACCGCCGCCGCUAACAUACGCAAUGCCAGUGUGAGUGCACGUCUCUCGCCGCCCGCUUGGGUGCCGGACGACAAGGCGCCGCGUUGCAUGGCCUGCCGCACCCAGUUCACAGCAUUCCGACGUCGUCAUCAUUGUCGCAAUUGUGGCGGCGUGUUCUGUGGUGUCUGUUCCAAUGCCUCGGCACCGUUGCCAAAAUAUGGUCUGACGAAGGCAGUGCGCGUGUGCCGUGACUGUUAUGUACGUGAGAUGCGUUCUAACACGACAACAACAACAAUGCCAACAACUACUGGUAGCAGUAGCAAUAUACGCAACACCGCCAACAUAUCACCACGUUCAAGUGCAGCGGCAGCAACUGCGGGCGGCUCGUAGAAACGUGACACGUUGAGGCGGUGGUGUGCUUUGGGUUGCGAUAAAGAAGCUGGCAGUCAUUGAACAUAUAAAAGAGAGAGAAGAAGAAGAAGAAGAUUGCUGCAUUUAACUGACACGCUCCCGCAUUUGUGCAGCAUUUUUGCACUACAUACGUAUUUUCCAAUUUUUUAUUCUUUAUUAUUAUAUAAAUAGCACGUGAAUGUACACAGUACGAGUGUGUAGCGAAUGAAUUGUAUUGGACUUUAAGUUAGAGACAAUUACAACUUUGUGUUUGUUGUAAGCCACAAGUAAUAUUUAAUUAUUAUUAUUAUUUUUAUGUAAUUAAUUAUGUCGAAAGCAUCCCUCAAUAGUAUGUGGACAACAUCUUGAGGAACUUUUACCAUUAGAACAGAGCAGGAUUUUCGAAAAGUUUGCUUAAGGGCCAUGGUAUUCUGUUAGUCAAUUAUUAUUUUUUAAAGCUUACGUAGUGUUAAAAUUAUAUUUGCGAACUGCUGUUGACAUAACCAUAAAAAAA